AUGAGGAGGAGUAGAGUGCUGGUGUUCAUUCUAACUCUCCUGUGUGAUGUGCAGAAAUCGUAUGGAUACAAGGAUGGAAAAAAGACGGCGGCCCUUGGUGACGCUUUGGCUCGUUUUGAUAUUCUUUCUACUUAUAUUCUAGUCCUCAUUUUACCAGAUCAGGUCCAGAUUCAACCGAUUUUUCUUAUCGCCGCCCUGUUCUGUUUGUCCGUGCAGUGGCAUUCUCUACAGGAGCGGGCAGCUAUGACACCAGCAGAUUUUAGAAAGAUUCCGCAUGAGAACUUGCAGAACUUAGAAGUUCCAAGAGCAGAAUAUCACAUGCAAUUCCUCCCGGCAAACCCUCCAGGACCUAACCCCCCUUGCCUUUUACUUCCUCGCUUUCUUCCUCCACCCAACUCUCAGAUUAAACAGACCUGCAAUAAUCGAGGUAAUCAGCUACAUAAGUCUCUGGUUUCUUUUUCCAUCCAUAUAACUCGCAACUUGAACAGUUUUGAAAUUAAGCUCUAUGAUGAAGGGGUAAACACCACGUUGGACGACAUUAUUGGGAUGAAGGGCAAAAUGAAACCCUCAAUAGCGUCGAGUUAUGAUCCACUGGUGAAAAAAUCGCAAAAGAGGCUUCUGGAACUCGGAGAAUUUGAGUACAUGGAUUUAGAUCGCGAUCGCGACUACCUAAAUCUACCAUCCAGAUCCAGGCGCUCAACUGCAUGUAGUUCUGUCACAUGUCUGUCCGCUCCAACUUCUCUCCUAAGACAGAUACCUGCAUUUGCACUAUUUUUUACGAUUUAUUGCUGGUUUUACGAGCAUAAAUUAGACCCUCGCUUCAUAAAGCACCUUCAGUGGAUAUAUGUGGAAGGAAAAAAAGACAUCCCAGAAAUCUGCGGUGAUGCUGCUUAUCAAACGCCUUCGAGGGGAUAUAUGAGGUUGUGUGUUGGAGGUUGGAGGACUAAAACCGUGCAAGGAGUGGCUCAUGUUAGGCGUGAUGGUUUCGAGAAAAAAGCUAGAAAAUAUGAUAGAAUUGGUAAACGGAGUGGAGUCGGGAGUGAAAUUGAUUGCGGAGCGAUUUUCACGCCUGGCAGAGAGAGUGGAUCGAAUAACAAUCACGUGCUUUCAGGCUUCCUACCCAGGUAUAUAAAUACCGCUUUGCCUCGCCUUGUGGGGCCUGAUUAUUUUCGCUCCCUCCUUGCUCGGUGGAUUAAAAUCGAAACUGGUCAGGUAAGCAAGAGAUGGUGUCUGGAUUGUGCGAGAGUAGAGGGGGUGCUGUCAGCACAGCAUGGCAAGGCUGUGGGCUAUGGGGCUUGUGAGAUGGUUGAAGAGAAGAAAGUGAUACGAUGCCUAGGUAAAGGCUGCGCGGAGUUGAAGGGGUUUGGUGACAGUCUUCGUGAAUUUGUGAGUAUACGAUCACUGAAUGUUCAUACUCCUUCCAGCUUACCCCUAAUCACUUCAAGUCUACGACUUGAUUAUGAAUAUCUGCUCACCAAGCCUACGGAUCGAUCUAAAAUGGAUCUCUUUAUGAAAAUGAUUGAAGUUUUUGGCUAUGUUAUGAUACUUAGAUAUCGGGCACUCAGCGCACCUGAAGGAGGGCUAGCGUGGACGAACGAAUCGUUGCUGGUGAAAAUGAAUGAUGUUGGUACUAUGCUCUCUCCGUUCGGGUGUGUCGAAAAAAACUUCGUGGGUAUCAAUCAUCCUCUUCCCAACUAUAAACACCCCCCUCUACUUCCUAACUCUCACAACUUAGCUGCCGCAUCAGGAAAAGAAAAGAUGGUCAUAACUGCUUCAAUUUUCGUGCCGAAGGCAAAUCUUGCGCUUUUAUGUAGAUUUUUACUUUCGGCCCUACCCCUGUCGUCUGACAUAAAAUUCGAAAUUAAUAUUUGUGUCCACUUUCUUUCAACUCUCUCACCAAAUGCCCUACUGCAAGACACAAUGGCUCUCGAAACCAUGGGCAGCACUUUUCAUGCCUGCGUUCUAAACGCCAUAUUCAAGGUUGGUAGCUCUCUAGCUAGCCUAAUGCACGCGAUUGUCCUCGCCUCACUGGGCCACAACGUCUACGUCCUUGGAAAGUCCCACCGCAGGUCCUUUAAAAUGUCAGGAAAUUCAUCGAGCAGUGCAAAGCGCAAAGACUCUUACGCAACAAUCUUGAAAGCAGCGGAGAUUUGUAUCCUGUAUAGAACGUUUCAAGGAUCAAUCUAUGAAACCAAUAAACGGAUGACAAGCGUAGAUGUGUCUGGGGAGAAAGUCAAGGUAGAAUACGUCGACAUACUCACCGAUCAAACUACAUCCUGGAGGCAGAAAUGGUUAUCGCUGCCAAUGGCGUCCACUUUACCAUCCGGAAGUUGUUGUGUUCAGACAUUAGUCGCAUCAGAAAACAAGGUCCAGGAGGCUACUAGGAAAAAUUCUACAAACGAGUCAAAUUUGUGCAGGGUUUAUCGAUCGAUGUACAUUGGGUUGGCCUCUAUCUUUGCUGGAAAAGCUCGUGGAAUCACUUUUGACACCAACUUUCACGGAUAUGUUCGAAAACAGGCAGGAUCCGUUCUUUUCAGGAAUUAUACCUUGCAUAUCGGCAAGGAUUUUUUGCUUGGUGGAAAGUUAUUGCUUGUCGGGCUAGAAAAAGUAUUUGUGAGUGAAAUCAGCUUGGAGGAAUGGGGGAGGCACUUGAUUGACUACGCGGAGAAACUCGCAGAGAGGAGUGUGUCUCUUGGGGAGUAUUGUUUUACGGGAGUUGUGCCGCCAUUGUUGCGAGGGCAGAUUCUGACAAUAAAUAAGACUCCCCAGAACCCGAUCCACUACUUAGCUGCUGCCUUUUUGGCUCUUACUUUAGUAUCUCGGAUCGCACGUAACGGCAACGGUUUGAUCCGGACUGAAAACGACACACAUUUGACCCAUUUGUUUCAAUGGCUGGCUUUCAUCCUUUUCCAGUAUGGAAUACAACGGGAGCAAUCGGAACGUGCGUGCGGGUGUGGGCUGACCUCGAUGAGGCAUUUAUGCGCUGGUCCGGAAUUACUGGCGUUAAUCCCUGUUGUUAGUACCGUAUUGGUUACGAAGAGCACUGUUCCUUUUUCAUUUUAUCGAGUAAUUUGGAGAUUCUGUUCAGGACAGCAUCCAAAAGGUAUUGUACGUCAAGGAUAUGGCGGGUAUAUAAGUUUGAGAUCAAAGACAUACAUUGAAGAGAGUAAACCAAAGUUGCGAGGUGAAAUCGGAGUCUCAACGACUACAGCCUUAUGCAUCAAUGGGGUUAAUUGUCCCACAGCAUCUCUCGUGAUGGUUCCGAAAGGGCGUUUAGCUCUGCUACUCCUGUUCCGCUACUCCGGUUCCGCUACUCCGAUACUUCCUUGA